ACCAGUCUCUGGUCGCGGUCCAUCAUCCGGGAAGAUGUCUCGCCUCGGUAAUGACGAAGAGGAACAUCCUGGAUAUUUGUCGAAUGACUCGGAGUCACCACCAGUAUUAUCCUCAUUCGAACCUAAACAACCAUUCCCGCCGCUCCCCGAUGACCUUGCGACAACAACCCAAAGCCUGCAAACCAACGAUUACGUCGAAGAGGAUGACCCGGAACCAACCUCGCCUUCUCAUGCGGAUAUUGAGGCGGAAGAUGAUGUUGACUUUCAAUCACAAUAUUCCCUUGAGGACCAGGCCUUUUCGGAUGCAUCCACUGACUCGGACGAGCAGUCGCCAGAGGACGGUCUUUCUAUGCAUCACCCAUUUCGACAGUCUUCUAGCUCACUUCAUGGACCCAAUGCCUUUGCUCCACCCUUCUACAACCGACCACCUACCCCGCUUCCCCCAUCCCCCUCGUUGACAUCCCUUCUUCGACCCCCCUUCUCUACGACUACUUCCCGACCCACCACUCCUGACAGUUCCGAUGUUGAAACACCAAACGAUACGGAGGCAGCUGUCGCAAAGUCAGCCCGACGUGCGACGACUGUUCCGCGAGCGAGCCCCAAAGUGCCGACAUAUGAAUACUACGGAUUCGUUCUAUACCUUGCGUCUUCUUUAGCCUUUUUGAUCUAUAUACUCUGGUCCUACCUUCCGUCCCCCUUCCUACACCAGCUCGGAAUAUACUAUUACCCGAACCGCUGGUGGUCGCUAGCGUUUCCCUCGUGGCUGGUGAUGUCGAUCAUCUACAUAUACGUUGCCCUGGCGUCAUAUAACACGGGGUACCUAACUCUGCCGAUGAAAAGCAUGGAGAAUAUUGUGGACGAGGUGGCCAAUGUAGCAGUCAUUGAUGGCAAGGGCCGGCGACGACCUGGUGGAGCCGCAAAGAUGAGGCCUGGUGCGACAUCGUAUCAAAUCAUGGGCCCGCAAAACCGAAAGGUGAAUUGGAAGGAGAUAUGGAGUGAAGGGACAGAUGCUGUGCUUGAUGUGCCAGUAGGCGGAGUCUGCGAAGUGCUAUAUGGGCAGGAGAGGGAUGAUGAUGAAUUGUGUGAUGAGUUGUCAGCAUUCUCAUAGGCCCAAAUUUAUUACAAAUAUAGUAAGGUCU